AUGAGUGACUCUAGGGUUUUGGCGAAAAGUGAUGCUAAGGGGACGGAGGAGGACGCGACCAUGCUGGAUGCGAGAGCGAGACCGCCAGGGGAUCCGCCGGAUAAGGAAAUUUCAUGGGUCGCGAAGGUUGUGGGUACGAGCGAGGGUGGUAUGCCGGUGCCGGAGAGCUUGAUUGAUGAUGCCUUCGUAUCGGAAAGACUCAGAGUUGAGUUUCCGAAUGGGGAGGAUGGGGAACCAUCUAUUACGAUAGCGUCGGAGGUGCUAGAAGCGAUGAAUGGGAUGUGGAAACAGUGUAUGGUGGUUAGGGUUUUGGGAAGAAACGUGAUGAUCGCUGCCUUGAGGAAGAAGCUAAAAGAGUUAUGGAGCCCGACGGGUGCGAUGUAUGUGAUGGAUCUACCUCGUCAAUUCUUCAUGGUUCGUUUUGAGAAGGAGAGCGAGUACUUGGAGGCGUUGACAGGAGGUACAUGGAGGGUGUUUGGUAGUUAUCUUAUGGUGAAAGCCUGGUCACCGGAGUUUGACCCGUUAAGAGACGAUAUUGUGACAACACUGGUCUGGAUCAGACUGACCAAUAUUCCCGUGAACUUCUAUCAUCGAUCGAUUCUCAUGGGAAUUGCCAAAGGAUUGGGUAAACCAAUACGUGUGGACUUGACUACAUUGAAUUUUGAGAGAGCCAGGUUUGCGAGAGUUUGUGUCGAAGUUAAUCUUGCAAAGCCUUUAAAGGGAACAGUUCUGAUAAAUGGGGAGAGAUAUUUUGUAGCCUAUGAGGGUUUAUCGGAAAUCUGUUCUAAGUGUGGGAUCUAUGGUCAUCUGGUCCAUGGGUGUCCAAGAACUAUCGCGGAAAGAAUGGCCAAUCCAGUAACCCAAACGGAAACGCCGCUACUGGCAUACUCUUCACCGAAACAAGCCCAACAAGUGCAGGGAGAUGGCUUUGUUCAGGCGAGAGGUCCGAGAAGAACAAUGCCCUCACAACCUCGAAUGGCAAGUGCAACAACAAGAGAAUUGGCAGUGGAGGCGGGUCGUAGAGAGACGAUUGCGCUGUCAAAUAAGUAUGGAAGCUUGGAGAUGGUCACGAGUGGAGAGGAAUCAAGUAAGGAGGUAGUAAACGAGGAGGAGGAUAAAGAGAACCAGAAUAUGAAUAUACAAAACGAGAAGACGAAGGGAACCGUGCAUGGAAAGGAAACUCUAGUUUUUGGUGGGAACAAGAGUGUUUCAACUAACCUAAAGGGGGGACCUAAAAUGAGAGGGACCGGAAAUAAGAAAGGGCUGGAGGAAGCAAGAAGUAAGACCAAAAAGAUUAAUAAUAGGCCGGUGAGGGGUUUAGUGUUUGGACCAACCAAGAGAGAAGUUUGUUUAUCAGAGUCGGGGAAGCGUUUGAGAGUGGAGAAUGCUGAUGUUGGGAGAUCGAGUGGAGUUUUCAGUGAUAGAGGUGAGGAGGUUGGUUUCAUGCCUCGUAUGCAGCUGUGGGAUGAGGAAUUGGAGAACCCAAUGGAUGUGAGUAUCAGUGGGGAUAAAGCAAGAAGGAUCUGCCAAAAUUUGGGGUUUGAUAACUCUUUCCGAGUUGAUGCAACUGGUCAGAGUGGUGGAAUUUGGUUACUGUGGAGAGAUCAGGCUGGUGUGAUUACGGUCUUGGAGUCAUCAGAGCAGUUCAUCCAUGCUCGAGUAAUGAUAGGAUCGGAAGUGAUCCAUCUGAUUGUUGUUUAUGCUGCACCAACAGUGAGUCGUCGAAGUGGACUUUGGGGGCAGUUAAAACGUGUGAUAGAAAGUAUUGAUGAGCCGGUGUUGGUGGGUGGUGAUUUUAAUACUAUUCUGAGAUUGGAUGAGAGAACUGGUGGUAAUGGGAGACUUUCACCAGACUCGUUGGCUUUUGGAGAAUGGAUUAAUGAGUUAGCCCUGGUAGAUAUGGGAUUCCGAGGCAACUCGUUCACAUGGAAGAGAGGGAAGGAGACGCGGAACUUUGUAGCUAAGCGUUUGGAUAGGGUGUUGUGUAAUGCUCAGACAAGGGUGAGAUGGCAGGAGGCAGUGGUCUCUCAUCUUCCUUUUCUAGCAUCUGACCACGCACCAUUAUAUGUGCAGCUUGCGCCGGAACAAAAAGGUAACCCGAGGAGGAGGCCAAGGAAGCUCAAGAAAUGGACCAGAGAAAUAUUCGGGGAUGUGAAUGCAAGAAAAGAAAAAUUGCUGGAGGAGAUCAAAAGGGUCCAGGCGGAGUUGGAGACGAACCCCGAUGAUAACUUGCUGGUAAGGGAAACGGCUUUGCUAAAGGACUUGGAUGUGGUUCUGGAACAUGAGGAAAUACUCUGGUAUCAGAAGUCACGGGAUAAAUGGAUAGUCUUUGGUGAUAGAAACACAAAGUACUACCAUACAAAUACGAUAGUGCGACGGAAGAGAAAUAGAAUUGAAAUGUUAAAAGGUGACGAUGGCCGUUGGAUAGAUCAGCCAGAAGAGUUGGAGAAGCUGGCUAUUGCCUAUUAUAAGAGAUUGUACUCUACGGAGGACAUUAACCUUGACACGGAAAAUCUCCCCCAGCAAGGCUUCACGGAAUUUACACGUGAUGACUUAGAGUUGUUGAGUAAACCUUUCUCAGCAGUAGAUGUGGAAGCUUCGGCUCGCUCUAUGGGCAAAUUUAAAGCCCCAGGGCCUGAUGGAUUCCAACCUGUGUUCUAUCAAGAGUCAUGGGAUGUCGUGGGAGAUUCAGUAACCAAGUUUGGCUUGGAGUUCUUCGCUUCAGGGGUUCUUCCGGUGGGUAUGAAUGACGCGAUGGUGGUACUUAUACCGAAGGUUCUUAAACCUGAGAGAAUUAUGCAGUUUCUCCCUAUUAGCUUGUGUAAUGUCCUCUUUAAAAUCGUAACAAAGGCGAUGGUGAUGCGACUAAAGAAUCUUAUGUCGAAACUGAUUGGACCAGCACAAGCUAGUUUCAUACCGGGUAGACUAAGUAGCGAUAAUAUUGUCGUUGUUCAGGAAGCGGUGCAUUCAAUGAGAAGAAAGAAGGGGCGUAAGGGGUGGAUGCUUCUCAAACUAGAUCUCGAGAAAGCUUAUGAUCGGAUUCGAUGGGACUUCCUUGAGGAUACUCUGCAUGCUGCGAAGCUCCCACGAAUAUGGAUUACAUGGAUCAUGGAAUGUGUUAAAAACCCUGGAAUGAGCUUGUUGUAGAAUGGAGAAAGAACAGAAACGUUUACGCCCCAGCGUGGACUGCGACAGGGGGAUCCUUUGUCCCCAUAUCUUUUUGUCUUAUGCAUGGAAAGGUUGUGUCACCAGAUUGAAUUUUCGGUGGCAGAAAAGAGAUGGAAGCCAAUUAGAUUAUCAAGAGGGGGACCAGAGUUAUCACAUAUAUGUUUUGCGGAUGAUCUGAUCUUGUUUGCAGAAGCUUCUAUAUCGCAGAUUCGGAUAAUACGUGGUGUCUUGGAGAGAUUCUGCGAGGCUUCGGGGCAGAAAGUAAGCCUAGAAAAAUCACUAAUAUUUUUCUCUGAGAAUGUUCACCGAGAUCUUGCAACCUCAAUUAGUGAUGAGAGUGGCAUCAAGGGUAUGAAGGAGCUGGGAAAAUAUUUAGGGAUGCCGGAGCUGCAAAAGAGAAUCAAUAAAGAGACGUUUGGGGAAGUUAUUGAGAAGGUCUCAGCUAAGCUCGCUGGGUGGAAAAGGAAGUUCCUGAGCCUGGCAGGGAGGAUAACCUUAACAAAAUCUGUUCUCUCAGCAAUUCCAGUCCAUACGAUGAGUACAAUAGCCUUGCCGACAUCGACUUUGGACCAGAUAGAUAAGAUCGCCAGGUCCUUCAUAUGGGGGAGUAGUGAGGGAAGUCGGAAACAACACCUGGUUGCAUGGGAGAGCGUCUGUAAACCAAAAAGAGAGGGUGGGCUGGGGGUAAGAACAGCAAAAGAAAUGAAUCUUGCGUUACUAGCAAAGCUUGGAUGGAGACUGCUAAGUACACAUGAUGGUUUAUGGGUGAAGAUAUUGCGUAAGAAAUUUCGUGUGGGUGAUCUACAUGAUCCAACAUGGUUAAUAGUCAAAGGUGCGUGGUCGCCAACUUGGAGGAGCUUGAUCUUGGGAAUUCGAGAAGUGGUGGUACCUGGUGUGAGUUGGGUUCUGGGUGAUGGUCGUACAGUCCGGUUCUGGAGAGAUAAGUGGUUAAUGAAUGAGGCACUACAAGAAGCGAGUAUGGUACCUAUUCCGACUCAGUUAUUGGAGGCAAAAGCCUGAGACUUAUGGCAGAGUGGAACGGGUUGGUUAACCCAAGUAUUGGAGCCUUACAUGCCGCUGCAGAUACGUUUGCGAUUGGCUUCAGUAGUGGUGGAUGAUGUUACUGGGGCGAAAGAUCGAAUGUCAUGGGGACCAAAUAAAGAUGGUCUCUUCACCGUGAAAUCUGCAUACUCUUUCUUAACUAGAGAUGGGCUUCCGAAACAAAACAUGGAAGAUUUUUACAAACGAAUAUGGAGUGUUGGUGCACCAGAAAGAGUUCGGGUCUUCUUGUGGUUGGUAUCUCGUCAAGUUAUCAUGACGAAUAUGGAACGCAGGCGUCGACACUUAAGUGAUACUGGAGUGUGUCAAUUGUGCAAGAAUGGGGAUGAAUCUAUUCUCCAUGCUCUUAGGGAUUGUUCGGCGGCUGCUGGGAUAUGGGUGAAAAUUGUCAGUCCUAGCAAGAGGCAACGUUUCUUUAGUCUAUCUCUACAUCAAUGGCUAUAUGAAAAUCUCGCUCACGACGCAUCCUACAAUGGAGAUCCUUGGGCAACACUCUUUGCAAUGACUGUGCGGUGGUGUUGGAAAUGGAGAUGUGGGUAUGUCUUUGGUGAAGUAGGGAAGUGUCGGGAUAGAGUACAUUUUGUUAAGGACAAAGCCAAGGAAGUGACACUAGCAAACAAGAAUCUGAGAGUUUCUUCGGCUGCUGGGGUUCGUGUGCAGAAGCAGAUAUCAUGGCAACGUCCUGCGAGUGGAUGGCUCAAGUUGAAUAUGGAUGGGGCUUCGAGAGGCAAUCCUGGAUUAGCUACUGCUGGAGGCGUCAUACGAGAUGAGCACGGGGAGUGGAAAGGGGGUUUUGCGCUGAAUAUUGGCGUUUGUUCGGCCCGGUUAGCAGAGUUGUGGGGAGUAUAUUAUGGGCUAUACUUUGCAUGGUAUCGUGGCAUUAGAAGGUUGGAGUUGGAGGUGGACUCGGAGUGUGUGGUGGGUUUUCUUCAGACAGGGAUUCAUGAUGCUCAUCCCUUGUCGUUCCUAGUACGUUUGUGCUAUGGCUUUAUAUCAAGAGACUGGCUAGUCAAAAUCUCUCAUGUGUAUAGGGAGGCUAAUUAUCUUGCCGAUGGAUUAGCUAUCUAUGCGUUUUCUUUACCAUUUGGUUUGCAUUUCUUUGAAACUGUUCCGGAGUCUGUAGUUUCUGUUUUGUUGGAGGACUCGAACGGGGUCUCUAGGCCUCGGAAUGUUUGCUUGUAG